AUGGUGAUGUUGCCACGGCUACUCGUCGACAAGGAGGACAAAACGGCGUUACAAGGACACUUUGCGGAACUCUCCGAAACGACUGCAGAUCAACCGGGCGACCUUGGAGGACCUCGCUCAGAACAGACUGACAUGGAGAAGAAAAGUGAAGACCGACACAGCCAUCUACGAAGCAAAUCGUAUCUUUGUCGCCAAAGCCAAAAUGGAGGCUUGCAAGUCACAAGUGCCUCGACUUCUCAAUGCCAACGUUCAGCCUCUUCUAACAUACCCACGGAGUCAACGAGCGUUCUGGACACCAAUCAGUCUCGUAGGACAUCUUCGGACACAAUUCGCCAACAGCCGGACAGCGUCUACGCAAACUCGCCCCUGCCGAAAACGUCGCGACGAUGGCCACCCCCGUCACCGCCGAACACACUCGCUGCCCCGUCCCCAUCGAUCACCGGCAUCACCCGCCGUGCCCCAACCCCUGCGCCAUCAGCUCCACCAACAACAUCGGACGCCCCCUCGCCUGUUAUAAUCACCACCUCCAGCGAUGUGGAUUCUGUACGUAUCUGUCCCCAUUGCGAUGGCACAUUCACCUCACACAUCGGCCUAGUCGGUCAACCGCGAAUCCAUCUCACGGAGGCUGGCGAACCAGUGCCUGGAGCAUCAACCUACACUCGUCGCAUCUGCCUCAACUGUCCUCACUGCACGCGCACAUUCGUUCAUCGAAUGGGUCUAUACGGCUUCAUGCACAUUCAUUAA